ACCAAAAAUCAUACUGAUUGUGAUCGUCAAAAUGGAAAAGUGUGUAAUAGUGUUUACCGCAAUUUUUAUAUCUUGCGGAUUUUCUUCCGCUGAUUUUGAUAAUCAUUUUAAAAAUUGUCAUCCGAACGUUCCCGGCUUUGACGUUUGCAUACGAGAAGGAUUAAAUACAAUUCGUUCGUAUUUCAAAACUGGACUUCCUCAAUACAAUGUCGAACCAUUCGAUCCAUUUUUUGCGAGAGAAGUUAAGGUUCAACGGGGAAUGUCGAAUUUUGGAUUUACUUUGACCCUUAAAAAUGUUACCGAAACUGGAUGGAGUAAUAGUAAAGUGAUCAAGUUUGUCAGCGAUUUACCAAAUUACAAAGUUGUCUAUUCGCAAAGCUUUCCAGAAAAAUUAUUAUUCGGCGAUUACGAAUUUUUCGGACAAUUUUUGGGCUCGUCGAUACGUAACAAAGGAAAAUUUACGCUGACCCUGUACGAUCUCAUCCAGACAACGACAAUUACAAAACCGCCGGGUCAGAAGAUUAAGGUAAACGUCAACGUACAGACCAUAAGAGAUUUGAAACUUCACAUCACGAAUCUCCUAUAUGGACGAGGAUUACUCGAGAACAUACUCGAUAGAAUUAUUAAUGGCGUUUGGCAGCCAGGAUUUCUGAUGACCAGAGGAAUCAUCAAUGAAUUAGUAUCAACCGCUUUUACCGACAUUUUUGAUAAAACAUUUAAAAAUUUCCCUUUUCAACAAAUCUUCAAGCCCAAGCCUAUUCGUCUUUAAAUGAAAAA